AUGAUGACAAAAAUAAUAGAACAGCACAGACAGAGGAGAAGCUCAGGCCUGGGGAAUCAACAGCAGCAGGUCAAUUCAAAGGAUGCCAUUGAUGCUCUGUUGGAGAUGCAGGCUGCCGAUACCAUCACUAUCACAGAUGAUCACAUUAAGGCCAUUGUAUUUUUUUCAUAUAAUGUUUUUGUGGGUGGAAUGGAAAUGACAUCUACUACAUUAGAGUGGAUGAUGAGCUCAUUGAUCCAAUAUCCUGAUGUGCUGAAGAAAUUGCAAGCAGAACUUGAAGCCAUAGUAGGCAGAGAGAGGGAAAUACAAGAGAGUGACCUCAAAGGUAUGGAAUAUCUUUUGUCUGUGGUGAAUGAGACACUAAGAUUAUAUCCGGCAGUGCCAUUGCUAAUCCCACACCGGUCAACAGAAGAUAGCACUAUUGAUCGGUACUCCAUUCCUAAGAAGAGCGGGGAUUUUGUCAAUAGUUGGGCUCUAGGAAGAGAUCCCAUAGUGUGGAAGGAUCCAUUGGAAUUCAAGCCUGAAAGGUUUAUGGGUAAAGAUAUUGAUUUUAUUAAAGGGAAGGAGUAUUUUGAUGUGGUUCCCUUCGGUGUUGGAAGGAGGGCAUGCCCUGGGAUUAGCAUGUCCUUUGCCACGAUGAAUUUUACCAUAGCUCAACUAGUGCACUGCUUUGAUUGGAGAGUCGAAGGAGAAUUAGAUAUCAAUGAAUGCAAUGGAGCCUUCUUACCUAGAAAACAUGAUAUUCUCGUCUUUCCCUCAUUAAGGUUGCCUACCUGCCUAUGA